UCCGUGGGCUCGGGCACAAUUUAAACCCCGAACACGCCGGGGUUCCCGCUCGGGGAGCCUUGGGGUCUGGCGCUCGCCCCACCUCUGAGCUGGGGCCGGGCUGUCAGGGAGGGAAGGCCUGAGUCCCGCUGCACCUGCGAGCACCGGGACCUGAGCCCGCCGGGCUCGAGUGCGGGGGGAUCCCCCAGGAGCCGCGCGCCGUCAUCCCCGCGGCCCCACGGACUCCGGCCCGGUGUGGAAACUGAGGCCCAGAGAGGUGAUGUGAUUUGCCUAAAGUCAUGCAGCUAGUGGCAGAGCCAGGCCUAGAAGCCAGGUGUCCUGGCUCGCAAGACAUUCCGCUGCCCGAGGAAUGGAACAGGGAUUUAGUGCAAGAAGAAGAACAGUUGAUGGAAGAAAAGAAAAAGAAAAAAGACGACAAGAAAAAGAAGGAAGCUGCUCAAAAGAAGGCCACUGAACAAAAACUCAAAGUGCCAGAACAGAUAAAGCCCAGUGUAAGCCAGCCUCAGCCUGCCAGCGCUAAUAACGGCACUUCCACAGCAACCAGCACUAAUAAUAAUGCCAAGCGAGCCGCAGCCAACAAUCAGCCACCGCCGCAGCCACCACAGCUACAGCCACAGCCACAGCCACCACAGGCCUUGCCUCGGUAUCCUCGGGAAGUCCCACCACGAUUCCGCCACCAGGAACACAAACAGCUUCUAAAGAGGGGUCAGCAUUUCCCGGCCAUCGCAGCAAACCUGGGGUCGGCCGUGAAGGUGCUCAGCAGCCCGUCGGAGAGCAGUGUGCUGCCUGUCCUGCAGCCACCAGAGAACGGAGAGGCCCCGAGUGGCAAGGCCCCACCAGACGUCAAUCACAACACUUCAGGACCCCAGCAUGAAAAUUCACAACGUGGACCUGUGUCGUCGUCUCCUGCCAGUGACCCGAGCACAAGCUGCAAGCCUGCUGCUGUGAGCGACGUGCCCGUGAAGGAGGCAUGGCUGUCGGCGACCGACGGUGACCCUGAAUCGGCAUCAGAAUGUAUGGAUGCUGAUUCUGCCUCGAGUUCUGGGUCCGAGAGAAACGUCAUCGGCAUGGCUUCGGGGAGCGCGGGUGGCGAGAAGGAUGGCCUCCGGAGCAGUGCCGGACUUGGUUCCCAAAAUAAGUUCGUGGUUGGUAGCGGCAGCAGCAAUGUGGGCUCGGGCAGUUGUACUGGGCCUUGGGCUUUUCCCCACGGAGCCCUGAUAAGCACAUGCCAGGUCCCCGUGGAGGACCCUGAAAGCAAAUCAGAAAAUAGCGGCAGUAGAAUGAAUGCUUGGAGCACUGUGAGUUCUUCAUCAAAUGGAGGGUUAAAUCCAAGCACUUUGACUUCAGCUAGCAACCACGGUGCCUGGCCAGUAUUAGAGAACAAUGGACUUGCCCUCAAAGGGCCUGUUGGGAGCGGGAGUUCUGGCAUCAAUAUUCCGUGCAGUACUCUCGGCCAGAUGCCUAACAAUCAGAGUAUUAACUCUAAAGUGGGUGGUUCUACCCACAGUACCUGGGGAAGCCUUCAGGACACGUGUGAAUCUGAAGUAAGUGGUACACAGAAGGUAUCGUUCAGUGGUCAGCCUCAGAAUAUUGCCACUGAAAUGACUGGACCAAAUAACACUACGAACUUUAUGACCUCUAGUUUACCAAACUCCGGUUCAGUACAGAAGAACGAGCUGCCUGGUAGUGUAGGGGCCUGGCGCGUGAGCACAAUGAAUCAUCCCCAGAUCCAGGCUCCAUCAGUCAUGAAUGGCACUUCCCUCUCUCACCUUAGUAACGGAGAGUCGAAAAGCGGGGGCUCGUAUGGUACUACCUGGGGUGCCUAUGGUUCUAGCUACUCUGUAGACAAAUGCCCGAGCCCAAAUGGCCAAGCUAAUGGUGACACUGUGAAUGCAACUCUAAUGCAGCCUGGCAUGAACGGGCCUGCGGGCACCAACUUUGCAGGGAGCACGAGUAAAGGAGGAGGCGGGGUGUGGGAGUCUGGGGCCGCCAAUUCCCAGAGUGCCUCAUGGGUGAGUGGAAAUGGUGCAAAUGCCGGCGCUGGCCGGAGAGGAUGGGGGAUCCCUGCACAAAACACUGGCACUAACGUACCCGGCGUGGAGUGGAGCCAGCUGCCAAGCAAUCAGCAUUCCAGUGAGGGUGCCAGCGGCAAUGGGAAGAAGUUUACAAACGGAUGGAAGUCUACUGAGGACGAGGAUCAGGGUUCUUCGGCAGCGCCUCAGACAAACGAGCCGAGCAGUGUGUGGGCCAAAACAGCCAGUGGUCCCGUGGAGAGUGAAGGAAGUAGUGAUAGCUCUGGCCGCCAGGAAGAGAAAGUGCUGGGGGAAAACCCUGGUCGCGAUCGGAGGAAAGUCGAUCAGCACACCUUACUCCAAAGCAUCGUGAACCGAACGGACUUAGAUCCACGCGUCCUAUCCAACUCAGGCUGGGGCCAGACUCCCAUUAAGCAGUAUACUGCCUGGGAUACUGAAGCUGCCUCACCUCGAGGGGAGCGCAAGACUGACAAUGGGACAGAGGCGUGGGGAAGCUCUGCCACACAGACUUUUAACUCAGGGGCAUGUACAGAGAAGACGGGCCCUGCUAGUGCUGAUACCUCAUCUGGAGCAGGCUGGGGCGACCCCAAACCGACCGCGCGGUGGGGAGAUUCCAAAGGCGCAAACUGCCAGGGAGGCUGGGACGAGGAUUCUGCUGCUACAGGACUAGUCAAGAGCAAUCAGUGGGGGAACUGCAAAGAGGAGAAGUUGGCCUGGAGUGACUCGCAAAAGAGCAAGCAGGGGUGGGGGGAAGGGCAGAAAUCUAGCCCUGGGUGGACCGUCUCCGCCAGCGAGAGCUGGGGAGACCCUUCCAGAAGUAACCAUUGGGGUGAGGCGAAUAAGAAAUCUAGCUCAGGAGGUAGCGAUAGUGAUCGUUCUGUGUCCGGCUGGAACGAACUCGGGAAAACUAGUUCCUUUACUUGGGGAAAUAACAUCAAUCCAAAUAAUUCCUCGGGCUGGGAUGACUCUUCCAAGCCCAGCCCCUCCCAGGGCUGGGGUGAGGUUCCAAAGUCUAAUCCGUCCCUUGGCUGGGGGGACACAGCAAAGCCAGUCAGCUCUCCAGACUGGAACAAGCAACAAGAUAUCGUUGGGUCUUGGGGGAUCCCGCCGGCUCCAGGCAAAUCCUCUGGGACUGGCUGGCUGGGGGGCCCUAUCCCAGCCCCAGCAAAGGAAGAAGAGCCCACAGGCUGGGAGGAGCCAUCUCCUGAGUCCAUCCGCCGGAAAAUGGAGAUCGAUGAUGGCACUUCGGCUUGGGGAGACCCGAGCAAAUACAACUACAAAAAUGUGAACAUGUGGAACAAAAACGUCCCAAGCGGCAGCAGCCGUUCCGACCAGCAAGCACAGGUGCACCCACUGCUGCCACCUUCAGGCUCUGUGGCCGGUAAAGAGGUUAACAGCAGCUCGGGCUGGGGUGAACCCUGGGGUGAGUCUUCUGCUCCAGCCACCACUGUGGAUAAUGGUACUUCGGCCUGGGGUAAACCUGUAGACAGUGGUGCCAGCUGGGGGGAGCCCAUAGCUGCAGUGUCCAGCACGUCCACGUGGGGCUCCAGCUCCGUCGGGCCACAGGCGCUGGGCAAGUCUGGGCCCAAAUCUAUGCAAGAUGGCUGGUGUGGCGAUGAGAUGCCAUUGCCUGGGAAUCGCCCCACUGGCUGGGAAGAGGAAGAGGAUGUGGAGAUUGGAAUGUGGAAUAGUAAUUCAUCUCAAGAGCUCAACUCCUCUUUAAAUUGGCCACCAUAUACAAAGAAAAUGUCAUCGAAGGGUCUGAGUGGCAAAAAAAGGAGAAGGGAAAGGGGAAUGAUGAAAGGUGGAAACAAACAAGAAGAAGCGUGGAUAAAUCCAUUUGUUAAACAGUUUUCCAAUAUCAGUUUUUCGCGAGACUCACCAGAAGAAAAUGUACAGAGCAAUAAGAUGGACCUUUCUGGAGGAAUAUUACAAGACAAACGAAUGGAGCUAGAUAAACAUAGCCUAAAUAUUGGUGAUUACAAUCGAGCGGUCGGGAAAGGCCCUGGUUCUCGGCCCCAGAUUUCCAAAGAGUCUUCCAUGGAGCGCAGUCCUUAUUUUGACAAGGAUGGCAUUGUAACUGAUGAAUCCCAAAACAUGCAGUUUAUGUCCAGUCAAAGCAUGAAGCUUCCCCCUUCAAAUAGUGCACUACCUAACCAUGCCCUGGGCUCUAUAGCAGGGCUGGGUAUGCAAAGCUUGAAUUCUGUUAGACAGAAUGGCAAUCCCAGUAUGUUCGGUGUUGGAAACACAGCAGCACAACCCCGGGGCCUGCAGCAGCCUCCAGCACAACCUCUUAGUUCAUCUCAGCCUAAUCUCCGUGCUCAAGUGCCUCCUCCAUUACUCUCCCCUCAGGUAGCCAUGCUGAACCAGCUAUCCCAACUCAACCAGCUUUCUCAGAUCUCCCAGUUACAGCGAUUGCUAGCACAGCAGCAGCGGGCGCAGAAUCAGAGGAGCGUGCCUUCUGGGAACCGGCAGCAGCAGCAGCAAGACCAGCAGGGUCGACCUCUUAGUGUGCAGCAGCAAAUGAUGCAGCAAUCUCGUCAACUCGAUCCUAACCUGCUGGUGAAGCAACAGCCUCCACCUUCUCAGCAGCCGUCACUCCAUCAGCCAGCCGUGAAGUCCUUCCUAGACAACGUCAUACCCCAUGCCACACCUGAGCUGCAGAAAGGGCCGUCGCCAAUGAAUGCUUUCAGCAACUUUCCUAUAGGCUUGAACUCAAACUUGAAUGUAAAUAUGGAUAUGAACAGUAUUAAAGAGCCACAGUCAAGACUAAGGAAGUGGACUACGGUAGACAGCAUUUCUGUGAACACAUCUUUGGAUCAAAACUCCAGCAAACAUGCACUUUCCUCUCCAACAGGUGCUAUUUCAAGUGGUUUCCGGCUGGAAGAGUCUCCAUUUGUUCCCUAUGACUUUAUGAACAGCGGUUCUUCUCCAGCCAGUCCCCCAGGCUCAAUUGGGGACGGCUGGCCACGUGCCAAAUCGCCUAACGGCUCUAGCAGUGUUAACUGGCCACCAGAGUUCCGCCCUGGUGAGCCAUGGAAAGGUUAUCCAAACAUUGACCCUGAAACUGACCCUUACGUCACUCCUGGCAGUGUCAUAAACAAUCUCUCGAUUAAUACUGUGCGGGAAGUUGACCACCUCAGGGACAGGAACAGUGGGUCCUCCUCAUCCUUGAACACCACGCUGCCUUCAACUAGUGCCUGGUCAUCCAUUCGUGCCUCCAACUACAACGUUCCCCUCAGCAGCACAGCACAAAGCACUUCAGCCAGAAAUAGUGAUUCCAAAUUGACAUGGUCCCCUGGUUCCGUCACAAACACCUCUCUGGCGCAUGAGCUGUGGAAGGUCCCUUUGCCACCUAAGAACAUCACUGCUCCGUCCCGCCCACCUCCGGGACUGACUGGUCAGAAGCCGCCUUUGUCCACGUGGGAUAAUUCUCCCCUUCGAGUCAGCGGAGGAUGGGGGAAUUCUGACGCCAGGUACACCCCAGGCUCCAGCUGGGGUGAGAGCAGCUCAGGGAGAAUAACAAAUUGGCUCGUUCUCAAAAACCUUACACCUCAGAUCGAUGGCUCGACCCUGCGCACUCUGUGCAUGCAGCAUGGCCCGCUGAUAACAUUCCACCUGAACCUCCCACAUGGAAACGCCCUGGUCCGUUACAGUUCAAAGGAAGAGGCAGUGAAGGCACAAAAGUCUCUGCACAUGUGUGUCCUGGGGAACACAACUAUCCUUGCUGAGUUUGCCAGUGAAGAGGAGAUCAGUCGUUUCUUUGCACAAAGCCAGUCUCUGACCCCUUCUCCCGGCUGGCAGUCCCUCGGGUCCAGCCAGAGCCGUCUGAGCUCCCUCGACUGUCCCCACUCCUUCUCCGGCCGGACCGAUCUCAAUCACUGGAAUGGUGCUGGGCUGUCGGGAACUAACUGUGGAGACCUUCACGGCACUUCCCUCUGGGGGACCCCCCAUUAUUCCACAAGCCUGUGGGGUCCUCCCAGCAGCAGCGACCCCCGGGGAAUUAGCAGCCCGUCCCCCAUUAACGCUUUUCUUUCUGUUGAUCACCUGGGUGGGGGUGGAGAGUCCAUGUAGCAGUGUAGACAGAAGAACUCGGAACUGUGACCUCAAGACGCGGACGAACGGAGCACUAAAGUCAGGCUCGCCGCCUGCAGCCAGGGGCACCUGUGGGAACAACUAUUCUCUGCACAUUCUCCACUUUGUUUUCCCCGAAACAUAUCAGUUUGAAUACUUGAAUCAUGCAGGCCAAUAUUAUAAUGUGAAAAGGUAUCUAUCUACACUCCCAAAUAGCGCCAUACAUGCUGGACCGUAGAGAAGAGCUCGCUCGUGUAGAUGCAUCAUGUUUAGCCUUUCGCUCUAGUCGUUUUUUGGUUUUUGGCCCCCAGCCCCACCCU